CAUAGCAACCCAAGCAGAAUGUGACAGAACCUGAAUAGGAACGAAGUACGUGGUUUUUUACAAAUUUGACCAGAACAGAUAUACAUCUGUAAAAAACAAAGAGUGGUUUAUGUGAAGGAUAUAGCUAGAGAGUAAUGCCUGAAACGGACAAUCCAAGGGCUUACAUCCAAUCCAAAUCAUUACCAAUCACAAGCCACCAAGGGCUAAAAAUCACUGCGCGGAGUGCUCGAGUCUACACAUGCGAAGUUCCUACGAGAAGAGAAGUGGCGAGGGAAAAUUACGAGCGAAGAAAACACCAAAUGACAAAAUGCGGCUAUCGAUCGGUUAUCUAUAAACCUUACCAAUCUGUAGGGGAGGUUUUUCUGAACGAUAAGAAACUGAUUCUGUCGGCAUUAGGACAACAAGCUAGUGAGCAAGUAACACAGUUUCAAGAUAACUCAUCAUCUUCGUCCAGUGAUUCAGAAGAUGAUGAAAUCAGGACUUUCAAGAACUCGAGAAGCCCUACCAAGUCUAAGGCGGAUCAUCAAAAGCCUGUUGUGCCCCAGGCUACCGCGUACAAACCUGAGGUGAUUAAUGACAUCCGUGUCCAAGUCAACAAGGGAAGGAAGAUGGUCAACGCCGUUCGGCUGGGAUUUGGUUUGUAUAGACUGGUCAAGGAUGAACAAGAGAAAAAGCAAGCGAAAGCUGACGAAGAACAGAGGAAGAAAGAGGAAGCGGCCAGAAGAGAGAUGAAACCUCCAACUAGCGACAGCGAGAAUUCGGACGACGAGAACGACGAGCUAAGAAGCUUAAUAAUUCAACUUCCUCCAAGCCCAACUCAUGAUGACAACUUGAGUCCAAGAGAAUACCACGAUGUCGACCCUCCCGGUAGUCCCGCCCCCUCCACUACUAGCCAGAAAUGGAAACGAUUGGGCCAAAAUGCAGCCCAGAGUUUAGCACGUGACGAGGUAACACCACGUGACCAGCAACCAAUGCUUCACGUGACAAAAGUCACCCCACCCGACACCCCUGAAAUACCAGACUAUGACAGGUCUUCGACCGAGCACUUGACAAUCAGCAGAACUCAUCGCCAAGUGGCCAGCGCGCCAUCCGAGCGGAAACAGCUAAUUCGUCCCCCCAAAUCAGCCCAGUCCACCUCGUCGGCAAUGAGCCGUCGGUCGCGAAAGCUACGGAACCCUCGGCCCUACUCCCCAGUCUACUCUAAUAUCAACUACAACGACGUCGCUGAUAGGCAAAGCGUGUUUCGCCAGCUGUGCGUACUCCACUGGAUUCUUGAGGCGAUGUCUCAAGACGUCCAGCCUGCCGUUAUGCCACCAAUAACAAGUUGCUGGAAGCUCAAGGAACUGAAAGAGAACAUCAACAAUCUUAGAAAGCGCGUGGAGCGUGAUAAAAACACCGAGAAGGACUGGGUCACAUUCAAACAAAACCCUGCGAGAUUUACACAGCGCAACACUCGUCGCGGUACUCGGCGCAUCUCCAUCCAUCCAAACUUCCUCCAGCGCUUGACCAAUAACAACACUCCGCCGAGCUCGGGAUCAAACCCCACCUACCCUACCCCUGUCGCCCUAAGAAUCCCCCAAGGGGACACCCCUCGGUCGCGCCGUGGUAGUGCUUGUAGUAACGUGUCUCAUACGGAAAAUGAGCCUGCGCAAGGUCAGCGGAACGAGGCCGAAGAUUCAUCGCCGUUGGGUGUUUCUCUUGGUAACCAUGGCAAUCACGCGCGAUUUGUAGGGGAUAGUGACGUCAAAAACUCCACUGAUCACAUGAGCGCUCCUACUAGCCGCCAGACUCCCGCGACACCAAGUCAAGCAAAUGUCGCUGAUAAGAAGGCGAAGCUACAGAAACAGAAGUCUUUCACAGUGACUUCGGUGUACACCCCGCCUACAAACGCGAGCAAAGCGAUUCAGAAGUUACGCGCCAAAACACGGGCGGCGAAGGCAUUUAGCACGAACUUGUCGCAGAAGGAGCUGGACACACUCUCCACGCCGGCGGAAGAGCAGCGAGAUUCACGUGUAAGAGCCUGGGUUCAAGCUACAGGUGCUGUUAACACGAAGAGAUUUGCCGCGGCAGCCAUCGCGGCUUUUGGUGCCAUCACUCUUGACCACAACAAGGAUAAGAUACCGACUGAACUCAAAUCGAAAUUCGACGAGGUGGCAGAGGAGAAAGCGCUAGUGCUGCACGAUAACCUUGAAGUGCGAGACAGAAAUCGGAUGCAGAUUCUUGAGCGGAAGCUAAUGUGCCUCGAGACGUUCAAUAAUAUGUACAAAGCGCUGGACCAGAUGCGAUCAAACAGCGUUAUACCGGAUAACGAGACCAGCGAGGAGAUGAGGCAGCGAGUCAGUGAAGAGUGCAAGUGGUACAAAGAUCUCAACGAUAACUUACCCCCCGAAGUGAAGAACGACAUGUACUGCAAUCUAGUACUGAACAAGAUCGCUAGUUAUGGCUCGCUUGAAGGGCGCAAGGCUAGCAGCAGCCAGUUCUUAAAAGUUUUAUCAACGCUACGCAUGUGGGAGAUCUGCGCACCAGACAUCAGCGCAGCUCUUGAGUUUGUGCGAGAAAAGGUGGUCGGUAUGUCCGAGAUAGAGUAUGAAGACUGGUUCAACAUGAAAUUCCCUCAGCCUCAGAGAGCAGUGUCGGCCCCACCGCCACGCACGGGACAGCGAGCAUACUGACCAGCGGUAUCACGCGCGAGACAGCGAGUAAACUGAUCAGCGGUAACACCGCGCACAAGACAGCGUGUGUACUGGUCAGCGGUAUCAUCGCUCAUGACAGAGCUAGCAUACUGAUCACCGGUAAUACCAUGUACAGAAAAGGGAACUUUCUGAUAUGCAGUGCUACCGUAAACGGGACAACGAACACCAUUAUAAA